AUGACAGCCUUUGACUAUGAACCGAAGGAAGGCAUUCCCAUCGAAGAUGGUACGCCGACAACAGCCACCACAACCACGUCCGCGUCUUCUUCGGACGAGCACAACACGCUCCCAGACCCGAACGGGAUAGAUUGGCUGCCCGACGACCCGGAAAACCCGUACAACUGGUCGGCGUCCAAGAAAUGGGCCAUCACCGCCGUGGCCAUCAUGGCCACCUUCACCACCAUCCUGAACGGCACCAUGAUCACGGUGGCCCACGCGGCCAUCAACGAUGAGUUCCACGUCAGCGACGAGACAUUCCCAAACUCAUACUGGCCCGUGACGAGCUGGGCUUUAGGAGGUGCGCUUUCGGGUCUAGUCAUUCUGCCCCUGAUGGAAGAUUUCGGCGUCCGCCCGGCCUUCCUGACAACAUACGUGGUCUUCAUCCUGUUCAUCAUCCCUCAAGCCGUGGCCAAGAACUUUGCGACGCUGAUCGUGUCGCGCUUCUUCAGCGGCGGCUGCGUCUCGGUGCUGAGUAACACCGCGGCCGCCCUGAUCGGGAAUAUCUGGGAAGGCGACCGCGCCCGCACCAUCCCCAUGUCUCUGUUCGUCACGCUCUACCUCGCAGGGAGCAGCAUGGGCCCCGUCAUCGCGGGCGUCAUCUUCCAGACUUUGGGGUGGCGCUGGAUCUCCUACAUGCAAAUCAUAUGGUACGCGGCGCUGUCCCCGAUCUACAUAUUCUUCUUUCAGGAGAGCCGCGGCACCAUCAUCCUGCACCGGCGGGCUGUGAAGCUUAGGCGCGAAGGAGGUCACAGUCACGCCGGCGUUGCGGCCACGCCCAAAGCGACCAGCGCAACCCUGGCCCGCAAACUCGCCCGCAGCACGCAGCGCCCGCUACGCAUGCUCUUCACCGAACCCGUCCUCUUCACCUUUACGCUCUGGUCGGCCUUCAUGGUCGGCACGGUCUACCUGUUCACGCAGUCCGUCGAGUUCGUCUUCUCGACCCUCUACGGUUGGAGUGCCAGCCAAGCCGGCUACGUGCAAUCGGCCAUCGUGGUCGGCGAGUGCGUCGGCUGGACGGGCGUGCUGGUGUCCGCGCGCCUCUAUUUCAACUCGGCUUCACGUAACACUGAAGUCCCCGGGACACCCGUCCCAGAGGCCCGCCUGUACGUCAGCGUCGUUGGUAGUUUUGUGGGAGUGGCCGGCGGCAUGUUCGUCUACGGCUGGACCGCGUACCCUUCUAUCCCGUGGAUCGCGCCCGCCAUUGGCCUCGCGAUGGUCGGGUAUGGCGUCGAGGUCGUCGUGCUCGCGAUCGCGGAUUACGUCGUGGACGCGUACGCCAUGUAUGCCGGCAGCGCGGUCGCCGCGGUCGUGCUGGGCGAGAAUCUGUUCUCGGCGUUCCUCCCGCUCGCGGCGCAGGCCAUGUAUUCGCGCCUGGGCCCGCGGUGGGCGAGUUCCUUGCUGGGGUUCCUGGCUUUGGGACUGAGUUUUGCGCCCGUCGCCAUUCUCAUGUACGGGUCGAGACUGAGGCAGCGGAGUCCGUUCAUGAAGGAGGCCAUGGUCGAGAAGAGGAGGAAUGUGGAUGUGCCUUCGCAGAUCGCGAGGGUGACUUCGAAUGGUGGCGGUGUGGUGUAG